AUGGCAACCGGCAUCAAAGGGUGACGGUGAUAAUUAGCCGGGCCCAGAUGCUCAUUUAAUUCACGUUUGCAAACUAUUUCAAAGAGAAGUGAAGCCGGGAGCGCGUCGGCCGUCCGGAGGGAAUAGUUUAGAGCUCAGACACAGCGCCUGACACGACCGGCAGAGCGGAGGGAACCGGGUGUCUUUGGCUUCCACAACAACAUCUAGAGGAGCGGAUGAGCGAGAGCAGCGGCAGGUGCCCUCGCCCCGGCCCCGAGAGACACAGGUAGGGGCUGGGGCUGAGACUGGGACCCGGCCCCGAGAGACACAGAUUGGUGAAUCUGUAAAAUGCCUCAAAAAGUUCUCAAGUGCGUCAUUCAACUUGAAAUCCACGCGAUAACCUGUCCAGGUGUGAUAUUACCAAGGAAAGAUGAUGUGUACCUCUGUAUUUAUAUCCUUGGUCAGCGCUGGAAAACAAAAUGUGUUAUUCCAGUUUUCCCUUUGCUUAUUCAUGAAAAACUGCAAUUUGAAAAGGUGUUUGGGAAAGAUAUUAUUGAUCCUGCUGAUGUGGCUGCUUUUUUAGAAUGUGAUGAUACAAAAUUUGAAUUGGUCCAGUUCACUCCUUCAGUGAAUGAAACAUUAGCAAGCUAUGAAGAUAAUACAAGAAACUUCUUAUUCCCUGAACCGAAGUUAACUCCUUCAUACCCAGGUGUUGACAGAGAAGUGCUGAUGCGACGAUGUUCAACAGUUUUCUUAAUUUCACCAAAAUUGGAAUUUUCUACAACAACAACAAUCACAGAGUUUUCUCCUAGAUCUACAAAGAGAAUUUCCUCUAGUUUAUGCCUGUCAGAAAAUGGAAGAAAAGAGAAUCAAAUUAGAAGACCAAGAUGUGCCAAAUCAUUUAACCUGAUAGGAAGAUCAUGCACUGAAAGGAGAUCUGAUAAGGAACCCAAGAAGCCACUAACACUGAGCAGGUCAAGAUCCCUUUCUCCUUACUGUAGGAGGUGUUUACUUGAACUUUGUCGAGAUGAUACGCAGCACCCUCCACCACAAAAAUCAGAAUCUAUAUCCAGGCGACCUAUUAUGAUCGAAACUUGUGACAGAAGGAAGUCAGAGAAGUAUACUUCUCCACUCUCAAGCCUCCCACUUGAUAAAAGCCCAAGAGCCAGACCAAGAACUGCAAGUCCAGCUAGAUGCAAUCGAGAUGUUUGCUUACCAAGAUAUAGUGCAGACAAGAGUUCAAGUUUCAGAGAACCUGUUAGUUGGGAAGAACUGUCUAAAGAUACAGAGGAUCUUAUUAGUUAUCCACUGAAUUCAACUUUAAGAGAUAAUUCAAAUGUUCAAUCCUCACCCUCUAUCUGUUCACAAAGAAAAGCACCCAGCAAUAUAAACAGGCUUUAUUUCGAUCCAGUGAGUCACCCUGCAUGGGAUAGAAUCCAUGAAAAAGUACAAAAUCUUCUGGCUAGUAUUGAUGCACAGGAAAAGGCCUCCGCGAGGAAUGUUAAUUUCACUUGCUCGUCAUGUUCAUAACAAGACCCGAGAGAAAAAAGCAGGAAAUGCUAUUAAAGACAGACUACUACGAACAAGAUCCUCCUGGAUACAAUGGUCCUACAGGACAUGGACAAAUAAACAAGCGUAAUUUUGUCAACAAUGUGUAAUGUAGUUCUCUUAUCAGCUAUUAUUUCACAUUCAGUGAACUGUUGUGGGUAAUAUAAAAUAUUAUUGCUGUACACUGAUACUCUGGAUUUGAAUAACUGGUUUGGCAUCAUGUCAAAUGGAUUUUUAAGUUAUUUUUUGGUUUGUUAAAUUAAGUUAGAUUAGGUAAUUAACUGCAUCAAUAUGGAAUGUUAGGAAUUGCAAUGUUAUACUGCACCAACAGGGCAGAAAAUUCCUGAUGGUUUCAUGUCCUCAAGAGGCCUAAUUGCUGAUUAAUGUUAGUUGGCAAAAGACAACAGACUAAACCAGCAGUAGCUUGUCAGCUCAGCAAUGUUCAAGGGCCACUCAAUAUAUAAUCCUUUCUAACUAAAGGAUUUGCUGACUUAAUAUACCAACAUUAAUGCAUAGCUUUUUUAGGUGGCUCUCCUUAAAACAAGGGCAUGCAUUCCGUGCUUAUUUAUGGACUGUCAGACAAAGAAUGGAAUGGGUAGCUUAUUUAAUUCGCAUCACUACCAAAAGCCAAGAAUAUCUCUUCCCUAGCCUUAAGUAAUUUAUAGCAUCUGCAGUUAGCUGAAAAGCUGACUGCCCAAUUUUCUCUUAUCUCAAUCUUAGUUUAGUUCUGGGUAUUCUACUACAAGCCAGAAUAUUAAAAUUAUUGCAACAUUUGCAGUACCAAUUAAUUUAUUUGCCCUCCAUUUUAUAACAUUUGCAAGAUUUUACUUUCUGAUUAUUUUGAAAAUAAAAUAUCUUUUGGGCCCAAAUAUAUUUCAAUGCAGGAUGUCAUAAGACACAUUCAUAAUCAAGUGCAAUAAUGAAUUUAGUUGUUUUGUUAUUAUGAUACCAUGGUUUGAGAUACAGGAGUUAUUUUGAGUGGGGAAUAGGCAGAGCAGGAUAUUGAGGAUCACAAACCGAUAAUGCCCAAUUCAGAACAAGCAGUGUUGUGCUGGUGCUAACCAUGGCUCACCAUAUUUGCUGGGACAUUAGCCUAAGGCUUGCUCUUCUCAAAUUGUGCAGUGCAGGAGUUGUGAAGCUGAGGUUUUGUGCAUAAAUUGUGAGAAAUUCUUGGGAAGUGCUCAAAUAUUGUUCAAACAUAAUUUCUAUUAGUUUUAUUGACCUGUUCGGUAUUCACUGGAGGAACAGAACAUUAAAACAAUCCAUUGUUUGUUUUUUAUUAAAAAAGUGAUUGUUGGAA